AUGAUUAAACAACAGCAACCACAACAACUUAAGGCACAAAACACCCAGGUCCUUCAGACCAUUACAUACGCCAUAUAUGCAUAUAAUUCAAAGACGGCAGAACAAACGCAAAUGUUGAAAUAUGGAGAUUUGGAGAUAGUAUUGAAAAAUGACCGUUUCGAAUUCGUUUGCAAAGGUGGUGCAGUGAUAUCAAAUAUAAAAGAAAUUUUAUUUAUGAAUUCAAAAAUUAAAGGAAUAACGGAUGAUAUAACAUCAAUUCCACCAGAAGAACAGAGAUAUUACGCAUUAAAUGCAUUUCCUAAAGUUUUGAAGAUUGGAAGAUUUAAUUUAAAUGAGGAAUUCAUAGAAGGUUUCCUAAAUGACAUAAUGAAGAAGGCAGAUAAGGAAUAUGUGGAUGAAAAAGAUAAUGAAAUUAAAGAAAGGGUUGAAUGGUAUCAUGAAUGGACAUCAAAGAUUUUAAAAACUAAAGCCGAUACAGGAUGGGUUUCAGGAUGUUUAGACCUUAAAGCGGAUAAAACAUAUGUUAACGAUGAGUUAAAUAAGAAGGUAGAUAAGGAAUAUGUGGAUGAAAUAUACCAAAGUUUGAUAGGAACAACGAAAAAUAUUGAAACUAUUGUUGGGGAUGUUUCUGUCUAUGAAGAAAACAAAUAUUUUAGAUGA